AUGUGCAAAGGUUGCAUUAACGUCAACGUUGUGGAGCGUUCGCAGCUCCCGCAGGUAUGCCAGCAAGCACUAGCAAAACUGAUCGAGCACAGCAACAAACUCCUAAGAUACUGCACGGAGAUGGAGGACUACUACCGCUCGAUGGGAUACUGCUACCACACAUCGCAGUACACUCAGCGCAAAGAAAUGGCCGAAUGUUCCACCCACGGCGAUCACCUAGUCAAGCUUGAAGAAGCCUUCGACCUUGACGAGCCCGAAGACUACCACAUCCUCUUCAAACCAAUGGAAACUAGUAUUGUCGUCCUGAAGGAAGUGGUAUCAGACGCCGAGCACAUCCCUUCAAACACCCCCACCUCACAACUCGCCAAUAUUUUGACCACAGAGCUCCAACCAAAACUCCACGUCGCCCACAUCACGAUCAACAAGAUGCACAUGUAUUUCGGUGCUAUAAACUCAUACACUAAUACUCUGCGCACGGUUAGCUGCCAGGCCAAUGGCACUCACCUGCCCAACCAGCACCGCGAGACUCCUUGGCACCACCGCAAGUUUAACGUGCAGACUGGAAAGUGGCAGUUGGAGCGUAUGGCGGAGGAGUGGGCUGACUUCCUGAACUGGGUCACAUGUUUGCCUGAGACGCAAGUGUGGAUACAGAAGGGGGAGGAUCCCAGGGAGAUUGCGCUGAGGUGGUUGAAGAAUUUUGUGGUUGUGGAUAUGAGGCUGAGCGAUUUGAACUGA